AUGGCGGAGGAAUAUGAAAAGUUUAAAAGGUUUGAAUAUCGUAUGAAUUCAAACUUAGUUUUACAAAGAGAAGGUCCAAUACCUAAUCAUAAUGAACCUACUGGUGAGAGUGAAAGUUUAGUUGGAAAGAUAAAAUAUAAAAUGGGUGAUAAAGUAGAAUAUAGUAAGCCAAAAGAUAUAAUAAAUAAAGAUGAUUAUAGAAGAUAUAAAAGAAAAGAUAAUUUUGUUGAUAAAAAAAGUAAGAAAAUAAAAAGAAGUAUUAAAGAAAAAAGUGUUUUGAAUAUUAAUAUUCAUGAUAUAUUUUUAUACAAACCAACUACUAAAUACACUGAACAAAUAUUUAGUAAAAUACUGAGUAAUGUUAGAAAUAUGAUUGGUGAUAAUACUGGUGAUAUUAUUAACAGUGCAUGUAACGAAAUAAUAUAUAUUUUAAAAAGUGAUAAUUUAAAUGAUGAAGAAAAAAAAAAAGAAGUAGAAAAUGCAUUAGAGGUUAAUAUAACUGACGAAAAAUUUAUAGAGUUAAACAAUUUAUCUAAGGAAAUAUAUGAUUUUAAUAAAAAAGAAGAAAAUGAAGAUAUUGAAAAUGAAGAAGGUGUUGCUGUUGUUUUUGAGGAAGAGGAUGAUUAUUAUGAUAUGAGAAAAGGAAGAAAAGAUAUAAAUGAAAAAAGAGAUGAUUUAAGUGAUAUAAAUGAGUUAAGUGAUGAUAAUGAAGAAGAGGAAGAAGAUGAAGAUGAAGAAGAAGAUGAAGAAGAAGAAGAAGAAGAAGAUAGUGAAGAAGAUGAUGAUGAGAUGAGUGAAAAAGGAAGCAAAGGUAUAAAUGAUAGUGAAGAAGAAAGAACUGAUGAAGAAGAAGAAAAAAAAAAAAAGACAAAAUAUAAACAUAAAGAAAAUAAAAAUAAAGAUGAUAAAGAAAAUGAUAGUGAUCAAAAUGUUAAUGAUGAUAUAGAAAAAAGAAAAAAAAAAAAAGAAAAAGAAAUUAUGUAUAUUAAAAAAAAAAAAAAAAAAUUUGAAAAUCAUUUAAGUUUAAAAAAUGUUAAUAAAGAUUUCAAUUAUAAAAAUAAAGAUUUAGAAAGUUAUGAUUUAGAUACCAAUUCAAUUGAUGCUCAUUGGUUACAGAGAGAAUUAAAUAAAAUAUUCACUGAUCCAUCCUUAUGCUUAGAGAAAGAAAAAGAAGUGUUAAAUAUUUUAAAAAUAUAUGAUAUACAAGAAUGUGAAAAUAAACUUGUUAAUAUAUUAAAAUAUGAAAAUUUUUCUAUUGCUAAAUUGUUGAUCAAAAAUAGAUGGAAAAUUUAUUAUUGCACUUUAUUAGGUCAGGCACAAACAGAAAAAGAAAAAAAUGAAAUAAUGGAACAAAUGAAUAAAACAGAAGAAGGAGAAGAAAUAUUAGAAGAACUCAAAAAUUUUAAAAAUGUAAAAAAGAAUAAGCAAAGUGAAUUUGCAAAAACAAUGAGAAAAGAAGCAGAUAAUUUAUUUAAUAAGAAAAGAUAUGAAAAUGAUAAAAAAAAUUCAUUUUUAGAACAAAAGGUAAUACAUGAUGAUGACGAAGUAAGGGAUAGAGAAGAGGAAGAUAAAUUAAAUCCGAAUUUUUAUAACUCUGAAAUGGGGGAUAAAGAUGACAAAGAGAUGAAUGAAGAUGAUGAUGAAUAUGAUGAUGAUGAUGAUGAUGAUGAUGAUGAAGAUGAUGAGGAGGAUGAGGAGGAUGAGGAUGAAGAUGAAGAAGAUAAUGAAAAAAAGAAAAAAAAAAGUAAUCAGCAUAAAUCUGAUAAUCUAGAUUUAAAUGUUGAUAUAAAAAAAGGGAAGAAAAAUAAAAAAAUAUCAGAUUCAUAUCUGGAUAAUUUUAAAGGAAAAUAUAUAGAUUUAGAAAAAAUGGAAAUAAAACAAAAAAAUAAUGAUUUUUUUAAUAAAGAAGUUAUAUUACCAUCAGAUAGUAAAAGAAUAGAAAAUAAGGAUUAUGAUGAAAUUAUAAUUACUAGUAUGAAGGAUAAUAAUGGAAAUUCUAAUAAAAAGAAAAAUAAUAAAUAUAAUUAUUACACAUGUCCAGAUGAAGUAAAAUUGAUUUCUAUUAAUGAAUUGCCUGAAUGGACUCAUGAAAUUUUUACAUGUGUUAAUAUAAAUAAAUUAAAUGCAAUACAAUCAAAAGUAUAUAAUAUAGCAUUUAAUAAAUAUGAAGAAAAUAUGUUAAUUUGUGCACCAACAGGAUCAGGAAAAACUAAUAUUGCUUUGCUAUGUAUAUUAAAUGUUAUUAAUAAUUAUAGAUUAAAAAGUGGAAAUAUUGAUAGAAAGAAUUUUAAAAUAAUAUAUAUAUCCCCUAUGAAAGCUUUAGUUAAUGAACAAGUUCAAUCUUUUAAUUUGAGAUUAAAAUGUCUAAAUAUAAAAGUAAGUGAAUUAACAGGAGAUGUUCAUUUAAGUAGUAAAGAAAUAGAUGAUAGCCAAAUUAUUGUAAUGACACCAGAAAAAUUUGAAAUUAUAAGUCGUAAAUGGAAUGAAAAAAUAUUAUUACAAAAAAUAAAAUUAAUUAUAUUUGAUGAAAUUCAUUUGCUUAAUGAAAGUAGAGGAAAUAUUUUGGAAAGUAUCAUAACACGUAUAAAUAGAUAUAUAGAUAAUACGUUGAUAUAUGAUCAGGCUUCAGAAGAAAAUAAUACCUUUAGCAAAGAAAAGAAUUCUUUUGAUAAUAAGGAUAAUAACAUGAUUAUGCAAAAAAAAAAAAUACGAUUAGUUGGCUUAUCAGCUACAUUGCCUAAUUAUGAAGAUGUAGGAUUAUUUCUGAGAGCAGAUUUACGUAAGGGAGUUUUUUAUUUUGAUUAUUCUUUUAGACCAGUUCAACUAGAGCAGUACUAUAUUGGAAUAAAAGAAAAAAAAGGAAUAAAAAAGUAUGCAUUAAUGAAUGAGUUAACAUAUGAAAAAGUAUUAGAAGAAGCAGGAAAAAAUCAGAUAUUAAUUUUUGUUCAUAGCAGAAAAGAAACGUAUAGAACUGCAAAAAUAUUAAUUGACAAAUUUAUGAAAAGUGAUAAUCUAAGCAAAUUUUUAAUUGAUAAAAAAAUAUCUACAGAAAUUCUUUUAUCAGAAAAAGAAGCCAUAGUUAAUGAUGAAUUAAAAGAAAUUCUUCCUUUUGGUUUUGGUAUACAUCAUGCAGGAUUAAAAAGAACUGAUAGAAAGUUAGUGGAAGAUUUAUUUUCUGAUAGGCAUCUACAAGUUUUAGUUUCCACUAGUACAUUAGCAUGGGGUAUUAAUUUACCUGCACAUACAGUUAUUAUAAAAGGAACAAGUGUAUAUAAUAUUAACAUAGGGGAUUUUGAUGAAUUAUCACCCAUGGAUAUAUUACAAAUGGUUGGAAGAUCAGGAAGACCACAGUAUGAUAAAAGUGGUAAGGCUAUAAUUAUUACCGAUCAUAAAAAUUUACAGUUGUACCUAUCUUUAAAUAAUGAGCAAUUAUAUAUUGAAUCUACAUUAUCAAGUAACAUUGUGAAUGUAAUAAAUGCUGAAAUUGUUUUAAAAAAUAUACAAAAUUUUAAAGAUGCUAUUAAUUGGUUUAAGUAUACAUAUAUGCACAUACGUAUGAUAAAAAAUCCGUCAUUAUAUGGUGUUACAGUCAGUGAUAAAUACAAUACUCAUGAAUAUUUAAAUAAUAAAGAUAAUUAUGACAUGUUAAUGCAAAAAAUAAAUAAAAGAAUUUGUAACAUUAUUUAUUCGUCUUUUUUAAUACUAGAAAAAUAUGAUUUAAUAAAAUAUAAUAAAAAAUUAAAUAGUGUAAGUAGUACCUACAUAGGUAAAAUUAGUAGUUACUAUUAUAUAGAUUAUAAAUCAAUAGAUUUGUAUAACAAAAAAUUAAGUAAAUAUACUAAUGAAAUUGAUUUACUAAAAAUAUUCACAAUGAGUGAGGAAUUUAAGAAUAUAUAUAUUCGAGAAGAAGAAAAAGUAGAGUUAUCAAUACUUAUGGAAAAAUUGCCUAUACCAGUAAAGGAAUCUAUUAAUAUUCCUUUUACAAAGAUAAAUAUACUUUUACAAUUAUAUUUAUCAAAUAUAACUUUAAGUGGUUAUAUAAUUAAUGCCGAUUUAGUAUACAUUCAUCAAAAUGCAUUGCGUAUUUUUCGUUCCUUUUUUGAAAUAUCCUUGAAAAAAAAUUCUUAUAAUUUAAUUUCAUUAACUUUGAAAUUUGCUAAGAUGAUUGAAAGGAGAAUGUGGAGUACUAUGACCCCAUUAAGGCAGUUUGGUUUAUUAAGUAAUGAAUUAAUUCGAAUUAUUGAAAAAAAAAAUAUAAGUUUCAAGAAUUAUAUAUCUAUGAAUUUAAAUGAGUAUAUAACAAUUUUUAAAAAUAAAAAAAUUGCAAAAAAUAUCUAUAAAUUAGUUCAUCAUUUCCCAAAAAUUGAAUUAAAUGCAUAUAUACAACCAAUUAACCAUAAAAUUUUAAAAGUAGAGUUAAAUAUAACACCUGAUUUUAUAUAUAAUCCUAAAUAUCAUGGCUAUUUUAUGUUGUUUUGGGUAUUUGUGUUUGAUAUAUCUAACGAAAAUAUAUUACAUUAUGAUUUAUUUACUUUAAAAAAAAAUUAUAAAAGUAAUUUGUUAACUGGUAAAGAAGAAAAAGAUUUGUAUUCUGAUAGUUUAGAUGAACAUUUACUAACUUUUUAUUUACCUAUAAACGAAAAUCCAUUUUAUAUAGUUAAGGUUAUUUCAGAUAAAUGGCUAGAAUGUGAAUGCACCAUUAAUUUAUACCUUAAUGAUUUAAUUUUACCAUCGAAAAAUUUUUAUUCCACUCAGUUAUUAGACCUACAGCCACUACCAAUAAAUUCGCUAAAAUUUGAUUUAGCAAAAAGAUUCUUUUUAAAUAGAAAUAUAGAAUAUUUUAGUCCAAUUAACACUCAAAUUUUUUCAUCAGUUUACGAAAAUAAAGGAAAUGUUAUUAUAUGCAGUUCUACCUCAAAAUACUAUUUAAUACCAGUGGAACUUGCGAUUAUAAAAAUGAUAAAAUUUUUAUUUGAAUUAAAUAGUUAUAUUAAAAAAUAUAUUAAAAAAGAAGAAGAUUUGUUGAAAAUAAUUAAUGAUAAAAAGCUAACAGAUAUUAUUUAUAAUAAUCCUUUAGAACUUGUUAAAGUAGUCUAUAUUGCUCCACUUGAAGAGAUUGUUUUAAAAACAUACAAAAAUUGGAUAUCUUUUAAAAAUACAUUUAAUUUAUCAAUGUGUAUUUUAAGUGGAGAUAUUCAAGUAGAUAUGAAACUAUUGCAAAAAAAUAAUAUUGUUUUAUGUACGCCAGAUAAAUAUGAUAAUAUUUCUAAAAAGUGGAGAAGAAAAAAAAUUUUACAAAAUGUUAAUUUAUAUAUUUUUGAUCAUAUUGAAUUAUUAGAUACACCAAGUGGAGCUAUAAUGGAAAUAGUAAUCAGUAGAAUAAGAUAUAUAUCAACACAAUUACAAUUAAAUAAAUCUCAAACAAAAAGUAGUAAAACGAAUGAUAAUAUUUUAUCUCUUGAGGAAUUACAUAUAGGAGAAGAUGAAGAAAACAUUAUUCAAAACAUAAAUAAAUUACAAAAUUUGAAUAUUGAUAAUAUAUAUGAUAAUAUAGGUUUAAAUAGAAUUUUAUGUUUAUCUAGUUGUUCUUUAUAUAACUGUAAAGAUUUCUCUGAAUGGAUUGGGUGCAAAAAAAAUGAUUAUUAUAACUUUUUGUCAACAGUUAGAAAUAUCCCAAUAGAAAUAUAUUUACACGCAGUUAAUAUAAUGAAUAAGCAAAAUAGAUAUAUAUCUAUGCAAAGGCAAGUAUAUCAAAAUAUAAGAAAGUUAAAAAAAAAAAAAAAUGUAAUUAUAUUUGUUACAGAGCCAAAAUUGUGUAAAACCUUAGCUUUAGAUUUAAUUUUAUCUGCAUAUAACGAUAAUUAUAAUUUUUAUUCUAUUUUUCAAAAUUACGAAACAUCUAAUAAAAGAGAAGAAGAUAAUUUUGACAAAAAGAGUGAUUAUAUGAAUAACAAUGAAUUUUAUGAAGCUGAACUUCAUUCCUUAAAAAAAGAAAGAAAUUUGAAUAUUCAAGAAAUAAUUGAGAAUAACAUGUCAGAAAUAGAUAAUUUGAAAAAAUAUUGUAAUAAAAAACAAAACAAAACAAUAAAAGAAACGUAUGAAGGGUCAAAAAUUGAAUCAAAAAGGGAAGAUAUAUUUGAUUAUAUAUAUGAUAAAAUGCUUGUAGAAUUUAUGAAAAAAGGUAUAUGCUAUUUGCAUAACAAUAUGACAGAAAUAGAAAGAAAAAUAGUGGAGAUGCUAUUUGAUAAAAAGGCGAUACAAAUUUUAAUAGUUUGUUAUGAUUACAUCUAUAGUUUAAAUGCAUAUGGUAAUAAUAUUAUCAUAUUAGACACAAUAAUAACUCAUUUUAAUAAUAAAGAAGAGGAUUAUUCUAUUCAAAAUAUAUUAGAAAUGAUAAGUUAUGCUGGGAGGGAAAAUGAAGAUGUAAAAUCAUAUGUUUACAUCUAUACAUAUGUAACAAAAAAGGAGUAUUACAAAAAUUUUAUUUAUGAACCAUUAACUGUAGAAUCAAACAUUGAGGAUUAUUUACCAAAUUUUUUAAAUAAUGAAAUAGUAAUGAGUACAAUUGAAAAUUUUCAAGAUGCUAUUGAUUGGUUAACAUGGUCUUUUUUUUAUAGAAGAAUUAAAAAAAAUCCUAAUUACUAUGGUUUAAAAGGUAUAUCAAAUGAACAUAUAUCUGAUUACUUAUCUGAAUUAAUUGAAAAUAACAUGGAAUUAUUAUCUUUUGCUAAUUGUAUACAUAUUGAAGAACAGACUAUGAAUAUAAAACCAUAUAAUUUAGGUAUUAUAUCUUCUUUUUACAAUAUAGAUUAUCACACUAUUCAAUUUUUUAAUCAAUACAUAUUGUCAUUAAAAACAUUAAAAAAAAGUAAAAUUUUUGAAAUAGUAUGUUUAUCCAACAUUUUCAAUGAUAUUUUGAAAAUUAACACAUACGAUAUAUAUUUAUGCUUAAAAAUAGCUAAAAAUUGCAAUAUUGAAGUUACGUAUGAAUUUUUAAAGUUAUCUUUAAAUUAUGAAAAUUUUUUAAAAAAUGAGGAUGGUAAUAAUAAGGAAACUGACAAAUCUGAAGAAAAUAAAAAAGAUCAUUAUAUUAAUUUAUUAAAUUUUAUUGCUGUUCCGACAUAUUUCACAGCUAAUUUAAAAGCCUUAAUAAUUUUACAUGCACACAUAAAUAGAUACAGCAUACCUGUAAAUUAUAUUGAAGAAACUAAAAAUAUUUUAUUAAAAACAUUUAAAUUAAUUAAUUCAUUAAUUGAUGUUAUAAGUAGUAAUAAUAUUUUGAACUUUUGUCUUUUUGUAAUGGAAGUUUCUCAAUUAUUAACUCAAAGUUUAAAAAGUACAGAAGAAUCUAACUUGUACCAAUUGCCAUACUUUGAUGCUGAUCUAGUAAAAAAUGCAAAAGAUGUAGGAAUAAUGGAUGUUUAUGACCUAAUUAAUGCAGAAGAUGAUAAAAGAGAUAUUUUAUUAAAGCAUUUAAAUGACAAUCAAAAAAGUGAAAUAGCCAAUGUGUGUAAUAUCUUUCCUAUAAUAGAAGUUCAAUAUGAAAUUGAUUUAAAUAGAUCGUACAAGGUGAAUGAAAUUGCUCAAUUAAAUUUAUCAAUUGAAAGAGAUCUAACAGAUGAUGCAAUUAAUUUUGCUCAUUCUUUGUUUUUACCUUUUGAGAAGGAAGAAAUGUGGUGGAUAGUUGUAGGUAUUAAAAAAAUGAAUUUGCUUUUAUCAAUUAAAAAAAUAUCUUUGCUAAAAUCAAUUAAUAAUAUCAAAAUAAAUUUCGAAUUACCUGAUAAACCAAAUCUUUAUGAUAUUGUAAUUUAUGUAAUAAAUGAUUCUUAUAUUGGUUGUGAUCAAGAAUAUGAAUUUCAAAUUAAUGUAGAAGAAUAA